GCGCCGCGCCCGCUCGUUGCAGCGGUCGGCGAUGAAGGUGGCGGUGGCCGGGUGCUGCCAUGGCGCCCUGGACAAGAUGUACGAGACGCUGGAGCUGCUGCAGCGGCGCCACAACGUGCGGCCCGACCUGCUGCUCUGCUGCGGGGACUUCCAGGCCGUGCGGAACGAGGCGGACCUGCGGUGCAUGGCCGUGCCGGCUAAGUACCGGCACAUGCAGACCUUCUACCGGUACUACUCGGGCGAGAAGAAAGCCCCGGUGCUCACCGUGUUCAUCGGCGGCAACCACGAGGCUUCCAACCACCUGCAGGAGCUGCCCUACGGCGGGUGGGUCGCGCCCAACAUCUACUACUUGGGUUACGCGGGCGUGGUGCGGUUCCGCGGCGUCAGGAUCGGCGGCAUCUCGGGCAUCUUCAAGUCUCACGACUACCGGAAAGGCCACUUUGAGUGCCCACCAUACAACCAGCAGACCAUCAGAAGUGCUUACCAUGUGAGGAAUAUUGAGGUCUUCAAACUCAAACAGCUGAAGCGUCCCAUCGACAUAUUUAUGUCACAUGACUGGCCAAGGAGCAUCUAUCACUAUGGAAACAAGAAACAGCUCCUCAAAAUGAAAUCCUUCUUCCGUCAAGAAGUGGAGAGCAACACGUUGGGAAGCCCUGCUGCUUCAGAGCUUCUGCAGCACCUGAAACCCACCUACUGGUUCUCAGCACAUCUCCACGUUAAAUUUGCAGCUUUCAUGCAACACGAGACAAACUCCAAAGAAGAGUUACCAAAAGCAACCAAGUUUCUGGCUCUGGAUAAAUGCUUGCCACACAGAGACUUCCUGCAGAUAAUAGACGUGGAGCAUGAUCCCAAUGCAGGAGACUCGCUGGAGUAUGAUGCUGAGUGGAUUGCAAUCCUCAAGGCCACCAACAAUCUUGUUAAUGUGACCCAGAGCUCCUGGAACAUGCCUGAAAAUAAUGGCCUCCAUGCCAAGUGGGAUUACAGUGUGACAGAAGAAGCCAUUAAAGAGGUGUUAGAAGAGCUGAACCAUGACCUCAAAAUUCCUUGCAACUUCACAUUGACAGCUGCUUGUUACGAUCCCAGCAAACCCCAAAAAAACAUGGAGCCAGUUCAUACCAUCAAUCCACAAACCACUGAGUUCUGUGCCCAGUUUGGCCUCACUGACAUCAAUGACAGGAUCCAGCAGGCUAAAGAAGAGAGCUCAGGACGAGGCGGAUGUGAAGAGGAGGAGGAAGAGGAGAUGGACAGUGCUGGGUCAGCCGAGGAACCCAGUGAAUACACUACAGAUAAUUCUGGCCUCUCAUCCUUUAAUCCAGAUGAAAUAAUGCUGGAUGAAGAGGGUGGUGAUGAAGACCUGAGUACAUGUUCUGUAGAUCCCUCCCCUGAUCACGCUCCCGAGUUCUCCACGAGCUUCUCCGACAUCCGGAUCAUGCCAGACUCCAUGGUGGUGUCGUCUGACGAUGCCACGGACUCCAACAACGAGGAACUGGAGAAGUCUGGAGGGAGCAAGCAGGUGGAGGAAAAGAGCUCCACUGAGAGGCCGUUAAAGCGCAUUGGUGGUGAUGAGAACGGGGACAGCGGCGUUAAGAAAAUCAAGAGAAGGAACCAAGCUAUCUAUGCUGCAGAGGAUGAAGAUAAAACAGAUUAAUAGUUCACAGGGUGUGUAACUAAGUUCUCCAAGCCUUUCUGUGGGAAGGUGGUGAGAAUUGUACUGGACCACAUGUGCUUUUAAUGUUACAUGAUCUUAGUCAUGUUACUUUGCUAAGCUCAGAGGCUGGACGUACUUCUUGCAGGGAAGGUGAUUUACACAGAAUAGACAUCAAAGAAAGAAGCUGAGGCUUUUCCAACAAAGUACUUUGUCAAAGGAUGUAAAGCUGGUAUAACCUUGAUUUUGCUUCAGUUCUUGGUGUAUGGUGUACGCUCCAUAUCUUCAGCUGAACAAGACUCACCAUGCUUGUUUAACAAGAACUCUUAAACUGUAGCCUGAGUCCAAGCAAGAGGAUGUCUGACUUACAAGACGGAAUGAUUUUAUUUUAUUGCUUUUAUCUUGUUUUAUACUGGAUUAUUAAUACAAAGUAGCAUAUGCAGUAACCCUGUGAAAUUUGAAAUUAGAAUUCCCAUGAUAACAGAACAGCAACAGAAGAAUGAAGAUUUUUGUUUCUGGUGAUAGUCAUGCCACAGAAAAACUUUGUGGUCAUAAACAGAAAAAUAUGUGUUGUCCAGGACUGGCUUUUAAUGACAGUUCUCAUAGCAAACCAGGUCUCUUGCUUUGGAGGACGACGGUUUUAUGGGGACCAUGGAAGGGUGCAUUUCUGUUCUUAAAAACACUUUUUUGUUCUAUUUCUUAAAACUUGAGAACGAUGUCUUAAAAUGAAAGUAGUUAGGAAGGACAGCUUCCUGAAUGUGGUCAGCACCACUAUCUCACCUCUGACUAAUUAGGGCUGAGUUUGGUGUUGGUGCAAGGCGGUGGGUGUGUAAGUUGUCUGAGACAGUAACACCUCCCAUUGUCAUUAGAGUCACCUUUCACUUGUCGUUUCAGUAGCUGUAACUUGCUGAACUCUUAAAACUGGAUUUAAAAUCUUCCAAAGCACUUUUGUAAUGUUCAGCUAAGGGAGAACUGAGGAGUUCAGGGUUUUUUUUUUUAAUUUUUGUUUUCAAUUUGUUUUUAAAAUAACACCAAAGAGCUGUGCUGAGCUCCUCAGCUGCCAGAAUAGAGACCCUCUUGGAAGCUUCCUUUUUUUUUUAUUCUUGCCCUGAAUUAUUAGUAAAUGGCACUCCUUUGGCCUGAGAGGCACAGGGAUAAAACUGAGUGAACUCAUGAAAAUGACAAUGUUUUCAAGCAUAUGUCGUUAGACUCAUUAGCCUUCCUGACAGAUGGAAUUCUUAGAUGGAAUUCCUUAUGGCUGUGCUGCCCUGCCCCAAGAACAAAAGUAGCUCCUGUGCUUUUCCUCCUCCAAGGUACAGGCACUGAGAAGGGAGAAGUCAUCCUGACAGGAACAGGGAACUGGACAGGGAGCAGUGAGUGAAAUACAUUUGUGAGUGUGAGUUGUGUAUCGGGGUUGGGAAUUGAUCUGUUUUUAAAUCACUUCCAUGGUCUGGAGUUCAUCUUGCUUCCUCUCCUGUCAAGCAGUUCAUUACAAAAACUAAACAUGUUAAGUACUCAAGGGCUAGAAAAGGGCAUAAUUAGUGCUCUCAACAGUUCAAUUAACAGCUCAUCUGUCAAAACAGCCACCAAAGAGCUGUGCUGAGGUAUGAGGAGAAACUGGGAGUAACCGGGGUGUGAUACUCAGGGUAUGUAAAAUGGCUGUGAACUGUCACUAAGUUAUUGAAGCAGAUGAGUCUCUUUAAGGGUCCUGGAUCUGCAGUGGUAAAAUCUUCAUCAUGCCUCAUGAUCUGAACACUAUAAUGGAAAUAGUGUUUUAAAUAUAAAUUCUGUUAUGGACUUGAAAAGCCUCCCAAGGAACCUACGCAUGGCAUUGAGCUCUCAGGUCUCUGCACAGGAAUAGAAGAUGUAUAGUGCAUGUAAUAGACUUUUCACUCUGAUUCCUUUUGUUUUUAAAAUAAACUUCUUUCCUGUGUUGUCCCA